AUGGGGUUGACGGAGAACGGUCCGUCGAUUGCGGUGGUGGGAGUGACUGGCGCGGUGGGCCAGGAGUUUCUUCAGGUGCUCGCGCAGCGCGACUUCCCGUACAGCUCGCUCAAGAUGCUCGCCAGCUAUCGAUCGGCCGGGAAGAAGUUCGACUUCGAUGGCCGCACGUACACGGUGGAGGAGCUGACGGAGGAGAGCUUCAAGGGCGUCGACAUCGCGCUCUUCAGCGCCGGCGGCUCCAUCAGCAAGAAGUUUGGGCCGGCGGCGGUGGCGGAGGGCACGAUCGUGGUGGACAACAGCUCCGCGUUCCGCAUGACGGACGGCGUGCCGCUCGUCGUUCCCGAGGGCUCGGGAGCGGCGGACGCCACCACGCGCCCCAACCCCCCUCCCUUCAACUCUCCUUUGUUCCGCUUCUCCGCCCUCCGCACCCGCAUUUCCGCCCUCCGCACCCGCAUUUCCGCCCUCCCCACCCGCAUUUCCGCCCUCCCCACCCGCAUUUCCACCCUCCCCACCCGCCUCCCCCCCCCCCUCACACAGGUGAACCCCGACGCCAUGGCGCACAUUAAGCUGGGCGGCGGCGGCGGAAGUCACGCUCACAUUCCCCCAACGCCUUCCCCCAACGCCUUUCCCCCCUUCCCCCCACGCCCUUCACCACCCCAGGUGAACCCCGACGCCAUGGCGCACAUCAAGCUGGGCGGCGGCGGCGCCAUCAUCGCGAACCCCAACUGCUCCACCAUCAUCUGCCUCGUCGCCGUCACUCCCAUCCACCGCCGCGCCAAGGUGAGGCGAUGGGAUAGGCGUUGGUGA